AUGAGUCGAAAGCCGACGUUAAUUGGUGAUGAAUAUAAAAUACUGCUCAAAACGCUUAAUCCUCAUAUAACAUGUCCUUUGUGUAAAGGGUACUUUGUAGAAGCUACGACAGUUACCGAUUGUUUACAUACUUUUUGCAAAUCAUGCCUAUUGAAACACUUCGAGAAUGUAAAUAACUGUUGUCCCAAAUGUAGUAAUCUCAUCCAUCAGAGUCAUCCAUCCCAUUAUGUGAGUUUUGAUCGUACGAUGCAGGAGUUGGUAUAUAAACUUGUUCCCGGUGUGCAAAUACGGGAGGAAGAAAAUCAAAACGCUUUUUUACGAACAGUAAAAACAGAACCGGGUAAAAAUGGUUCUCCUGAAAAAUUAGAAAUUGAUGAAAAUACGAUUGGAAGUUGUUCGGAAAUAAGAGAAUGUGCUGGUGAUUUGAUGGGUAAACAUCAUCGCAGUGAUGAACAAGUCGCUGUGGAACUCUGCACUGAUAAGCUUUCCAAAUUCUCUGAUGUCGAAAUGCCUUAUUUAAGAUUAUCUGAAAUGGCAACCGUAAACACGAUCAAGCGAUAUUUGGCUAUUACAUUAUUUGGUGAUAUAAGUCGUUACAACGAUUUGGAUAUCUUCUGUAACAAUGAACUAAUGGGUAGAGAUUAUUCGAUGAAAUUUAUCGAAAAGACGAGAUGUCGGAACAAACCAAAAGAUACUCCAAUCAAGUUGCUAUUUAGAAAACAUAUUGAUUUUUGA